CUCUAAACAUUUUCUUUCCAUAAUUUACUUCAACCGUUUUUCUCUCCACCCAAACAAAAGAAAUCAAAAUGAAAUUCAACCUUCUCCGAUUUCCUAUGAAGAAACGAACAGAGACACGAAAAAGGAAUCUCCGGUAACAAAAACCGGUAAUUUGUUCGGAAAAUUCGAAUGAUGCUACUUUAUAGAACCAAACAUGCUGGUUUUUGUCAUGUUUUCAAACCCUCUGUUUCCUUUCUUCUUUGUCAUUACUCUUCAUCUUCCAAAAGAACCAAAAUUAACCCCAAUUUCAAAAACCCUAAAACCCUUUCUUCAAAAUCACUCCCACCCACUUCUUCAAAAGCUUCAAUUUCGAAUCUUUCACCCAAAACAACCCUUUACUCAUUGCUCACUGACCUAGUUUCUUGCCCUAAUGACACUGACACUGCCAUUGACAGUGUUUUGGAUUGUUACAAAGGAGAGUUAACCUCCAAACUUGUGCUUAGCGUCUUGAUGAGUUACAAUCACUUGGGUAGAGCUAAAACAUUGAAAUUUUUCUCAUGGGCAGGGGGAAAAAUGGAUUUUCAAUUUGAUGACGAUGUGAUUGAAUAUAUGGUUGAUUUUUUUGGUAGAAGGAAACUCUUUGAUGAUAUCAAGUGUUUGUUAAAGACAAUUGUUGUUCAUAAGGGUCAAGUUUCGUCUAAGGCGUUGUCAAUUUGUAUUAGGUUUUUAGGUAGAGAAGGGAGAGUCGAUGAAGCAUUGUCAUUGUUUGAUGAAAUGGAAAGUGUGUUUGAUUGUAAACCUGAUAAUCUUGUGUGUAACAAUGUGCUUUAUGUGUUAUGUAAGAAGCAAUCAUCGGAGGAGAUGAUUGAGCUUGCACUCUCGAUUUUUCAUAAGAUUGAAUCUCCCGAUACUUAUUCGUGUAGUAACAUGAUUGUUGGUUUGUGUAGACUUGGUAGAUUUGAGGCAGCUCUUGAGAUUUUUCGCAAAAUGGAUAAUGUUGGUGUGCAUCCAACUCGUUCUGCAAUGAAUGUUCUUAUUGGGGAUCUUUGUUUGAUGAGUUCAAAAGAAGGGUCUGUUGAGAAAGUUAAAGUUACAAAUACACGUAGACCCUAUAGUAUUUUAGUUCCUAAUAUGGGAGGAAAUAGGGCUGCAAUUCAGCCUGCUGUUGAAGUGUUUUCUGCAGUUGUUAAUUCUGGUUUGUUGCCUAGUACAUAUGUUGUGUUUAGGCUUAUGUCAGAGCUUUGUCGAUUAGGUAAUACCGGAGAAGCUCUUAAAGUGUUGAGAAUUGUUGAGGAAAAGAAGCUAACUUGUGUUGACGAGGGAUACUCAAUUGUUAUAAAGGCGUUGUGUGAUCAUCGCAGAGUAGAAGAAGCUGGUAAAUUGUUUGGGAGAAUGUUGGAGAUCGGCAUGAAGCCGAAAUUGGUUGUUUACAAUUCUGUUAUAUCCAUGUUGUGUAAAUUGGGAGAUUUGGACAAUGCGAAUGGUGUGUUUGAAAUCAUGAACAAGAAUCGGUGCCUUCCAGAUAGUUUAACUUACAUUGCUUUAAUCCAUGCUCAUUGUGAAUGUAAGAAUUGGAAAGUUGCAUAUGAAUUGUUGAUGGAAAUGUUGAGUUUGGGAUGGAUUCCACAUUUUCAUACUUAUAAUUUGGUAGAUUGUCUUUUGAGAGAACAUAAUCAGUUCGAUCUGUCUGUUAAAUUGGAAAGAAAAUUGGAGAAUCAGAAGUUGCUGAAGCUGUGUAAGGAAGGUCAACUAGAUGCGGCAUAUGAGAAAGUAAAAUUAAUGCUUGAAAAGGGUGUUCGUUUAUCUGCUUAUGCUAGAGACACAUUUAAGCAUGAGUUUCAAAAGUGUGGCAAGUUAGAAAUAGCACAUGAGUUACUAGAAAAGACUCAAAGAGUUCAUGAGCCUCAAAGAUUAACAGAACUUGACUAGUUAUAGAAUGAAAUUUCCUUUGUUGUAACAAUUUUGUGUUUUAUAAUUGAUAUUUUUAUGUUUUGGUAUCUUAACAUAAUUUUAUCCUCCGAGUAAAAAAAUACAUAAUUUUAUCCUCAACCAAGUUUAAAUUGGUUUUGUAUCU